UGCAUCACUAUGUCCCAGAGAUAUAGUUCCAGCAAACAUUACUCUUCCUCCCGUAGUGGAGGAGGAGGAGGAGGAGGAGGAGGAAGUUCAUCUGUCAGAAUCUCAAGCAGUAGAGGCUCUAGCUAUGGGGUUAGCUCUCUUGGUGGAGGAUUUAGCUCAGGUGGGGGCUCUAGCUAUGGCAGCUGCUCAAGAGGUGGGGGCUUUGGCAGUGGAUCAGUAAGGGGCUUUGGAGGAGGCUUUGGUGGUGGCAGCUAUGUUGGGAGUAGCUUUGGUGGUGGUAGCUUUGGUGGUGGUGGCUAUGGUGGAGGAAGCUGUGGUGGUGGUGGUGGCUAUGGUGGAGGAAGCUUUAGUGGGGGAAGCUAUGGUGGGGGAAGCUAUGGUGGGGGAAGCUAUGGUGGGAGAACUUUUGGUGGAUCCCUUGGGGGAGGCUUUGGUGGAGGUGAUGGAGGCCUCCUCACAGGCAAUGAGAAGAUCACCAUGCAGAACCUCAAUGACCGCCUGGCCUCCUACCUGGACAAAGUGCGAGCUCUAGAAGAGUCUAACUAUGAGCUAGAGCAAAAAAUCAAAGAGUGGUAUGAGAAAAAUGGCAAUGCAAAUCAGCGAGAACCUCGUGACUACUCUCAUUACUAUGACCAAAUCAAAGAACUGAAGGAUCAGAUCCUGAAUCUAAGCACUGACAAUGCUAACGUGCUGCUGCAAAUUGAUAAUGCCAGGCUGGCUGCUGAUGACUUCAGACUGAAGUAUGAAAAUGAAGUGACCUUGCGUCAAAGUGUGGAAGCUGACAUUAAUGGUCUGCGCAGAGUCCUGGAUGAUCUGACCUUGGCCAAGACUGACCUAGAGAUGCAACUUGAAAGCCUGAAUGAAGAGCUAGCCUUCCUGAAAAAGAACCAUGAGGAGGAAAUGAAAGAUCUUCAGAACGUGUCCACUGGUGAUGUGAAUGUGGAAAUGAAUGCUGCCCCAGGAGUGGAUCUGACUGAAUAUCUGAACCGCAUGAGAACCGAAUAUGAGACAAUGGCUGAACAAAAUCGCAAAGAUGCUGAAGCCUGGUUCAAUGAAAAGAGCAAGGAGCUGACCACAGAGAUUGAUACCAACGUUGAACAAAUGUCCAGCCACAAAUCCGAGAUCACCGAAUUGAAACGCAGCUUACAAGCUUUGGAGAUUGAACUGCAGUCACAACUUGCCCUGAAACAAUCCCUGGAAUCAUCCUUGGCGGAGACAGAAGGUCGUUACUGCGUUCAGCUGUCACAAAUCCAGGCCCAGAUCACUGCUCUGGAAGAGCAGUUACAGCAGAUCAGGGCUGAAACAGAAUGCCAGAAUUCAGAAUACCAGGUACUCCUUGACAUCAAGAUCCGCCUGGAGAAUGAAAUUCAGACCUACCGCAGCCUGCUAGAGGAAGGAGGCUCAUCUGGAGGUGGUGGCCGUGGAGGUGGUGGAUACGGAGGAAGCUCUGGUGGUGGAUAUGGAGGAAGCUCUGGUGGCGGAGGAUAUGGUGGAAGCUCUGGUGGCGGAGGAUAUGGCGGAAGCUCCGGAGGAGGAUAUGGUGGAAGCUCCGGAGGUGGCCAUGGAGGUAGUAGCUCCAGUGGUGGAUAUGGAGGAAGCUCUGGUGGCAGUGGAGGAUUCAAAAGUUCUGGCUCCAGAGGAGGUUCAAGUGGAGGACAAGGAGGAAGCACUGGAUCGGGUGGAGAAUCUCCAUCUAAAAGUGGCUCUGGAACAAGGUCAGCAGAAACUAACUGGGAUUCUAAUAGAAGCCAUUUGAUCAAGACCAUCAUUGAGGAGGUGGCCCCUGAUGGGAGAGUCCUUUCAUCCAGAGUAGAAUCAGAGACCAAGAAGCACUUCUAUUAACCAGUGUUGACAUGGAGGCCUCUUUCUCUAGACUACAACAUAUCAAGAAAAUCUACAUCAUUCCUAAUGGUCAUGGACACCUUCUCUCUCUUUAAAUAUAAGGUGUCUAAAAGGUUUCUCAUGGUUUCUUUUCUAUUCCUUUUAA